GUCGGAAAACAGUCGGAAAACAAUCAGAAACCAAACCCCACAAAAUGCUGAGUCAGCGAUAUGUGCAGAGCGCGGCGGCGCAAACCAGUGCCGCCAUCGUCCUUCAAGUCUUGUUGCGCAUCGUCAGCUUCGUCAGUAAUGCCGUCAUCGUGCGUGUGGCAUCCAAGGAGAUGCUUGGCAUCGUCAACGUUCGGCUGAUGUUGCUGUAUUCGACGAUUGUGUUCUUGUCGCGAGAACCAAUGAGGCGGGCGUGCCUCAGCGUCUCCCUCAACCAGCUGUCCCGACCAUACUGGCGACAGCUCGUCAACCUCAUCUGGAUCGGGAUCUUGUCGUCCCUGGGCAUUGCAGGCCUGCUCUCGCUCGUCUGGACCCGUCUUCUCACACAGCCUGAGAUGGCGUGGUACCCUGCAGGGGUGGCUGCGUUUGCUGCGUCUGCGGUGAUUGAGGUGAUGGCGGAACCGUUCUGGAUCUUCUAUCAGAUCCAGCUCAACGUGCGCCUGAAGAUCAUUGCAGAGGGCGUGUCGCUCGGCUUUGGCACCGUCCUCACCAUGGUCGGUCUCUACCUGCGGCCAGACCUUGGCCUGCUUGUCCCUUCAGCAGCACACGUGCUCACGAAGACACUCCUCCUCGCCAUCUUCGUCACACGCGCGCGCACAGACGCACAGCACCGCGUGUACAAGGAGGUGACUUCGCUCCGUGACAUGCUCCCGGGACCAUCGCAGGCAGGGGCGUGGUGGUUCAAGCACUACCCGCCAUCCAUGGCAAGCCUUGCCCUGUCGUUCUUCCGCCACGGGAUUGUGAAGCAGCUGCUCACAGAGGGCGAGAAGUACAUGAUGACCUUUGGCAACAUGCUCUCGUUUGCGCAGCAGGGCGUUUAUGAUGUCGUGUACUCGCUCGGCAGCCUCGUCCCGCGCUUCCUCUUUCACCCGAUUGAGGAGAACUACUACACGUUCUUUGCCGCCCUCCUCACCCGCGAGACAUCAAAAGCGGACAAGGAUCCAUACGCGAAGAAGACAACAGCAGACGAUGAGGCGCUGGCCGGGACAGUGCUGCAGACACUGCUGAAGACGGCUGUGAUGGUUGGCCUGGUGCUGGCGUGCUUCGGCCAGGGCUACUCGCGGCUGCUGCUCGGCAUCUACGGCGGGGAGAACCUGGCACAGGACGACGGGGUGCUGCUGCUGCAGGCAUACAGCGUCUAUGUCCUCUGCAUGGCCCUCAAUGGCAUCUCGGAAUGCUUCGUGGCGGCGUCGUCGUCGCGUGAGGAGAUUGACGAGCACAACCGCUGGAUGGUCGCAUUCUCCGCCCUCUACAUCAUCGCAUGCUUCUUCCUCACCCCAAAGCUCGGUGCUGUUGGGUUCAUCUUUGCCAACUGCAUCAACAUGCUGAUGCGUGCAAGCAAGUCCUUCUACGACAUCUGGCUGUACAUUGGCCACCACCCGGGUGUUGCUGCCAAGGGCAACCCUCUCACCGCCUGCAUCCCUUCGCGCGCCGUUUUGUUCGCGUUUGCGCUCGCAUACGUCGUCACAACCUACUCUGAGCGGCUGUUCUUGCCCGAGCUGCAGUGGGACCUGAAGGCGAUUGCAGUCCACGUCGCUGUUGGUGCCGCCUCCCUCUUUCUCGUGGCCGUCACUGUCUACUUUGAGGAGGGCGCGUUUGUGCAAGACGUGCGUCUGAUGUGGAGCGGGAAACCAAGCAAGCAGGCAGCAGGUGGUGCUGCAACAGCAACGAAGACCAACAAGACAACAGCGAACAAGAAGACGGACUAAAACCCCCAUGACAACAUUUGCGCAUGCACAUUUCUACACCAGCGCGGUGUUUGUGUUGUGGUCCUGCUUUGCUUUGCUCGUUUGUGUCUGCCGUUUGUUGAUUAUGACUUGUUGCACUGACUGAUAAACGAUGCUGUUGAACGUGUG